AUGGAAAGGUCGCGAGAGGCGGCAGCAGAAGGCCCCACAGCGGAAGAACUGACCGAGCUGGCGGCCGAAAAUCUGCGGCAAAGAGUUUUGGGGCUUUUGAGGGACGGAAAAGACUGUGCCUUUCAGCGAGUGGAAGAACUUUCUCUUUAUUUCUGCAUCAAGAUUGACCGGGCUAUUUUCAAAGCGGUCGAAAAAGCGAAAAAGAAACUCAAGGACUUCAUUGCCGCCACCGCGAGAACGAGAGAACACAAAACAGCAGCAGCAGCAGCAGAAGAGGAGGACCUCGCGGCCUUCCUGGAGGCCUCCCCGCCCGGCGGGGAGGGGGGGGCCCCCGAGAGCCCCGAGGCCUCUCCCGAGGGCCCGCAGGAGGGGGGGGCCCCCGGGGGGGCCCCUGGAGGGGCCCCCGGGGCGCCUGGGGCUCCCGGAGGGUCUGUGAGGCUGCGAGUCACCACCGAAGGAGAUGGGCCCCUGUCCGCCGAAGCAGCAGCACGGGGGGCCCGAGGGUACCAGGCCUACUUGGCGUCUGCUGCAGCAGCAGAGGGGGGCCCCCCUGCUGCAGGAGAGGGCCCUUCGACUUCGAGGGAGGCCCCGGGGGCCUCCCCGCCUGCGAAGCGGCGGCGGAUGUCGCUGGGGGCCCUUGUAGCAGGGAAAAUCUCCCUGCUAAGGUGUCACAGUCGAUAA